CAUCGGCGUCAUUUUACAUUUCGUACUUGCCUACUUCAAUAUAUUUGUCGUCACUCUAUUCAAACUAUUUCAAACAGUUUACUGUAAAGGGUUAAAGUACUUUAAGGGUUCACAGUGACACUGCAUAUCAUAGUAAAAUGUCUACUGCACUGUUUGGCAAUACGUCUGGUCUUGGGGGAAGUUCAGGAGGAAACAAACACAUAGUAGAAUUUCGUGCUGGUCGUAUGACGUUGAAAGGUCGUAUGGUACAUCCAGACAAAAGGAAGGGGCUCUUGUAUGUUUACCAAGGAGAAGAUUCUCUCAUGCACUUUUGUUGGAAAGACCGAACUACGGGGGAGGUUGAGGAUGACUUGCUUAUAUUUCCUGAUGAUUGUGAAUUUACGCGUGUGAAUGAAUGCACCACAGGCCGAGUUUAUGUACUCAAGUUCAAGUUGUUUUCGAAGAAGUGCUUCUUCUGGAUGCAGGAGCCAAAGGCUGACAAGGAUGAAGAAUACUGUCGGCGCAUUAAUGAAGCAUUAAACAAUCCUCCUACAUCUGGUGGGCGUGGAGGAAGCAGUAGUGGUGGGCAAGAUCGUGAAAUACGUAAUUUACUCAACAAUAUGUCUCAACAACAGCUAAUGCAAUUAUUUGGAGGUGUUGGUCCAGUGGGAGGAAUUACUUCUCUCUUAGGAACAAUGGGGAAUAACAGCAGUAGCAGAACAUCUGGCAGCAGCGCGUCUCGCAGUGGCAGCACUCCACGCAGCAGCACAGAGACACGUACACCUGCUCGCGCUCGUGACCUGCCAGCUGCGACACCCGCUCCCGCCGUUACCGCGCCCACACCUACUGCUGCAACCGCCACAACCACGGCCACAACGACUGCCACACCACCCAAUACUGCCAAUGCUCCUGCCCAGAAUAGAAGCGGACAAAUAUUCCUGUCGGAUCUGCAGCGUUACUUUUCCGAACUAGGCACAGCUCCGCCGGAAGGGAACGGUGCGUCAAGGACGGCCCCCGUAGCUGGUGCAGUCAAUGUCGAUCUGGGCAGCGUUCUGUCAGCUUCCGACGUAGUGUCUACUGCUUCGGCCCCGGAGAAUGCCGUGCGACUGGCGCCACACCUGCCCGCCCAGGACGAUGUAAGGACCACCCUGCUCUCCCCGCAGUUCGCUCAGGCCGCAAAUCAGUUUUCUUCAGCGGUGGGUUCCGGACAGAUGGGGCCAGUAAUGUCACAAUUCGGCUUACCGUCGGAAGUCUCAUCUGCUGCAAAUACGGGAAACAUUGAAGCCGUCUUCAAGGCACUGGAAGACACUUCUUCUUCGUCAGGUACCACGACAAAAGAAGACGACAAAAAAAAGGAUAAAUCUAAAGACGAUCAAAAUAGUAAAAAAGAUGAUGAUGCCGGAAUGUCCCUUGAUUAAUUUAAUGUAUUAACCCUCUUCCCGAUAACAAUUUUUAUAUAUUUUGUAAGCGUGAAUGUUAUGCUGGUUUUACACUAUUGCUAAACAGCGGCAAGCACCUACAAGUAUCAAAGUGAGAAUUGGGCAUUAAGUUUGUACGAAAUUGUAAGACGAAUUUUUUGAUGAAAUUGGUAGUCUCAUUUCCGUUGUUUUGUUUUUUUUUCAAUAUAAAGCGUUAAAUCAAUUUAAUAAUAGAAACGAGCGAAGAAUGUUGCUAAUUUAUUGCAUUAUAUUGUGAUGAAAAUUGUAAAAUAUAAUGAGAAUCUUAAUUCUCUUGAUCUGAGUUCCCUAUGACACAAGUACUAUAGUAGCUAUCAAUGUUCGGCUCAAAUAUUUUUUCUAAGCUUUGUACAUACUUUGGGACUUGCUGUGUAUUAUAUGCGUGUAAAUUCAGCACUAACAAUUAGGCCCAUCACGCGAAUAUCUUAUAACUUUGCUAAAAUAAACGAUAUAUAUGUACUUUUAUAAUAGUAUUAUUUGUUUGUUCCUGUUCACCCAGAAUAACAGUUUGGGAUAAUAUUAGUUGGUAUAAGUUUAGGGACCAUUCAUAGACUCCUGGGUUGUUAAAACAAUUCUUGCGUAAAGCUAGGGCAAGUUACAAUGAAUAUUUUUUUUCAUAUCUAAUUAACAGUUAUAAUAAUAUUAAUAAUAAUUACCUUUACAAAAACCAUUUAUGUCAAACUAUAAAUAUUAGUGUACGUAAUUAUUUAAUAAUGCACAUAGGUAACAAUUUAUUUAAAAAAAUCUUGCGUAAGAACGUAGAUUGGGAGUCUGAAAUCGUAUAGAUAU